AUGACAUCAACACCAACGCAUCCGUCAAUUGAUUCGGAGCCUAUUUACGAAUUUGAUGAGGCUCUAAAAAUUGAGUUUAAAGAGAGCGUUGAUGAUGGUCAAAUUAGCAUUUAUACCGGAGAAAUUUCAAAUGCUUGGCGAUUCAGAGAUGUUCCUCACGGAGGCUAUUUGAUUUCCUUACUACUCAAAGCCCUGAUGCACCAUUUCCGAGAAACUAAUCCCCACCCGGUUCAACUCACCGCACAUUUCUUGAGAAGAAGUCAUGUUGGACCGUUCAAGAUUAAGAUAGUGAACCUGAAAGUGGGAAGAAUUUAUUCAAUUGCUAAUGCAGAAUUGAUGCAAAGAACGAACCUUUCCGAUGAGAGCUCUGAAUAUAUAACCUGUAUCACCCUCACAUCAAUCUUCGGGGACCUCUCCAGCGAAGUUGGACUUUCACCUCCGUUUUACGAUACACCAAAAAUCACGCCUAAAUAUCUAUGCGUACCGUACAAGUAUGAUCCUGAAUAUCAAGAUAUUCCAAAUUUAUUACCUCACGUGAACGCGUUAUAUGAUGAUAAUUUUUAUAAAAAAAAGAUGUCCGAAUGUAGCAAUUGGGUUAGUUUUAUUGAUGGACGGGAGAUGGAUUUUCUUUCUAUGGGAUUAUUCUCGGACCUAUAUUUCCCAUCACCAGUAACCAACUACCUAGGCAAGAAAAUUUUCAAUUAUUGGUUAGCAACGUUGACACUGGAUAUUCAAUUUAAACACGUGCCUAAAGGAAAAUGGAUAGGUGGAACUUUCAGAUCAAAAUUUUUGAAGAAUGGAAGGAAUGAGGUUGAUGGCGAAUUAUAUGAUGAGGAAGGGAAUUUGCUUUGUAUUUCACGACAAAUGUAUGUGAUCCAAGACCCUGCCAAGCUAUAG